GGACAGGACCCAGUCCCAGUCCGAUAUUUGGAAAGUGAAAAUGGGAGGGGGACAGGUUUGUCCCAUAGAUCAUUUUAUCCCAAAUGAGGGGGAUAAAUCUGACCCAUCUGGAGACUGGGUCACUUUUGUCCCACCGAGCUCUCUUCAAAGCAUCUCUGGCCGCCCCCUUCGAAGCAUCGUCGAUCUUGCAUCACCAUCCCCUUCGAAGCAUCUGGCCGGGCUUGAUUUGAUAUUCAGGAGGAAGAAGCUUGAUUUUGGAGGCAAACUACCCUUCGAAGCAUUUCUGGCCGGUGAGUUUAUCUUCUGCUGCAUCCUUCCUCUGUUUCAUCGAUCUGCCAUCAUCACCUGGUCAAUACAAAGGUUAGAUUCAAAGAAGAACUGCCUCCGCUUGAAGAAGAGGUGGGGCCGAAUGAAGAGUAUGCAGACUCAGCCGCUGGCUUUGAUGGGUCUUCCAAUACUUCAGGCAGUUUAUAUGCUGAGAAACAUGAUACAUCCAGCAGCCAUGAAAUUGAGAGUCUUAAGAGUACAACCUCUGGGGACAGCUGAAUAGGCUCAUUGGGGUUCUGAUUAUUCUGCAGACAAUGACUUGGCAAAUGCAUAUGAGGAGAAUGGUAGACUUAGAGGAAGCUUGGAAGCAGCAGAAUCAUCUAUUGUUGAGCUUAAAUUGGAGGUGAGCUCGUUACAGAAUCAUGCUGAUGAAAUAGGCGUUGAAGCAAAAAAAGUUUCCCAGCUACUUGCUGAAGAAAUUGCUUCAGGAGAAAAAUUAGCAAAAGAAGUUUCUGUACUAAGAUCAGAAUGCUUGAAGUUUAAAGAUGAUCUACAGCAGCUAAAAAUUUCCAAAUUAAGCACUCCGUUUGCAAUCAGAGAAACUA